UUUAUAAAUUUUUAAUUUGUUUUGGACUGCACGACAAGUCCCCAACAUGUGUCUUCUCACCAAGGCCGGGCAUUUCUCUGUGGCCUUCCUCCUUCUAACAAGAAGUGGAAGGACAAAUAUGUGUCUAUCAAAUUCCUCCCGGCAGCUUUCCCUUUUGCUCAAAAUGUCUGGGGGAAGAGGAUGAAGCGCCAGGUCAAACCCGCGGAGACCGACGACCUGGUCACUUGGGAAGCCACCCUCCGAGCCGGGGAUGCCUCCACCCGUGGUCUUUACAAUGUGGGAAAGUGGAGCGUCUAUCCCGGCCGGGAGACUGAUCCCGAGCCAGAGAUUGUCCUGGUCAAGGCGAUCCCUGAAGCCGUCCCAAUCCGCCGGGUGAGAGGGUCCAAAGCCCCGGUUACUGCCGCUGCCGGUCCCUCGCGCCCGGGGAAGAAGAAGAAGGAGAAAGUGGUGAAGUUCCAAUCCAAGUUUGCCACUCCCAAGAUCCCCAUCAACUCCGAGGAGCUCUACAUCAACGUAGACACCAUGGAGUUUGACAACUUGAUGGGGGAUACCGGCCAUACAUCAGAGGCCGGGCAAGGCGGCCAAGGCGGCCAACUGGUUGAGGGGGGCUGUGAUGAAGAAGAGGCCGCCGAGGAGGCCCUUCAAAGGAAGAGGCGUAGGGCCGAAGAGGUAAACCAGCCGACAGGGUCCUCCGACGCCGGCAAAGCACGCGGUCAGCUGCGGCCGUUCGCCCUCAUGGUCCGAUCAGACGAGAACCUUUUCCAGGCCUUCCAGUCUGACCUGCAAGAGCAGGUCGGCCGGAUUGGCCUGAAGUACUUCACCCGGUUGGCGAAGUCCAGGGACGAGGAGAAGGCCCGGCUGGAGGCCAUGAUGGUAGAAUGCCGAAAGGAUGCCCAGGCCGCCCAUGCUAAGCCGGAGAAGGCGGAGGCAAAGCUCGUGGAGCACUGUGCGGUCUACCGCCAGCUCUACGCCAAGCAUGAUGGACUCCUCAAGGCCGUGAAAGAGGCCGAUGAGCAAGCUCAGGCAAAGAUCCAACAGCUAGAAGCCGAAAACGCCUGGUCGGCUGAGGAGAUUGCCCGGCUUGGGGACGAGCUGGAGAAAGAGCGGGCCAAACGUGCUUCCCUUGCAGCAGCCUGGGUGAUUCAGGAACCGGAGGAGUUUGCUAGCCGGGCCAUCGCUGAUUGGGAUGCUGCCAUCCGGCUGGUCCAAGGGCUCUACAAGCAUGAGCCAUCAGCCAAGGUCGUUGAUGAAAUUGCGACCUUUGGCUUUGAAAGUGGCCAAUAUGAUGAGCGGCGGUCGCUGUAUGGCAUUCUUGAGCAGCGGAUCAAAGGCUUCAUGCCAAAGGCCCUCUCUGCCUGAGCUGCAUGACGAAGUGCCGGUCGCACCUUUCCCGGGAAUCUGACCUUAGCCUUCUUUUCCUUUUGUUUCUUUUUUUUAUCUUUCAUAUGUAUUGACUGGCCUCCGGGCCUUUUUUGUAAGACUGGCCUCCGGGCACGUUUUGCAAUAGUAAUGAAAGUUUUUCUUCCAU